UAUAUUUGACCACUUUAAGCACAUGAAUGAAAAUACUGAAUGGAACUCAUUAGAUUGAUUCACUUGAAUGAAGUUAGGAGGAAGGAAAGUACAACUACCAACGGCUGUGGGAGGAUCUCACUUUCAUAUUACUUGCGUUUCCUCCAGUCUGACCUUAUGCAAUCGGCAAUAGAUUUGGAGAGUAAGCUCAGGAAAGACGAGCCGAGGCGAAUGGAAUAAAAGAAAAAUAACGUCGGAGUCGUUGUCUCAGGCCAAUUGUCAGUAUUGGACUAGAAAGACGACAUCUGGUGGAAUACUUCCCUACUGCAUGUAUAAGACCCCGGAAGCGAGUAUUGGGAAGAAAAACAAUCCAAGCGAUUUUGUUUCAUCUUGUUUAGCGUUCUGAAGUUUGCUAAUGUGCGAUCUAAAAUAGUUUCCAAAUUUUAUGAUAACAUAUAGUGCUGCUGUAGUAAUGCCCGUUUUUAUAUCCAUCCUGGCAAUAGGAAUAGUGUUAUAUUUGAUAAUUUAUUACAAUGUCUUCAAAGGGUCAAGAUGUACGAGUUCUGUGACACUGAAAGGGAAAACUGCCGUUGUUACAGGGAGUAACACCGGCAUUGGGAAGUCUACUGCUUUGGACUUGGCCAAGAGAGGUGCCAGGGUCAUUCUGGCCUGCCGCGAUAAACAAAAAGCUGAAGCUGCUGCUUAUGACAUCCGGAGGGAGAGUGGGAACAAUGAGGUGUUGUUCAUGCAGCUGGAUCUGGGCAGUCUGAAGUCUGUUCGCUCCUUUGCUGAAACCCUCCUGAAGACUGAGCCCAGACUGGACCUGCUAAUCAAUAAUGCAGGAAUGAUGGGGUCUGGCCGCACCGAGGAUGGGUUCGGCAUGGCGUUCGGGGUCAACCAUUUAGGUCACUUCCUGUUGACUUGCUUGCUGCUGGAGCGGCUGAAGGAGUGUAGUCCGAGCCGCGUGGUCAAUGUGUCGGCUCUGCUGCACCGGUUGGGUUCUGUGGACUUCGCACUGCUGGGGACCUACAAGGACCUGGUGCCGGGCCAGUCUGCCUGGCAUAACUUCAAGGCCUACUGCCACAGUAAGCUGUGCAACGUGCUCUUUACGCGGGAGCUGGCCAACCGCCUCGAGGGGACUGGCGUCACCACUUACAGCCUCCACCCAGGAGUUAUUCACACAGAGUUCUCUCGCAACCUCAACCCAUGGCUGAGGCUUUUCCAGGUGCCCAUCGCUAAGCUUUUCUUUCUGGAUACAGAGGCAGGAGCCCAAACAACCCUGUACUGUGCCCUCCAGGAAGGCAUCGAAGCCCUCAGUGGGCGCUACUUCUCUUCCUGUGCACUGCAGGAAGCAGGAGCCAUGGGGCGGGAUGAUGCUUUGGCCAGGAAGCUGUGGGAGGUGAGUGAGAGGCUGUCUGGCCUAUCCUAAAAGAUUUUUGCCACAGCAAGGAUAUACUGACAAGAAAUUAGACUCCUCUUUGCAACAGGAAUGAAUGCCUGUGUCAGGGGAAGGCAGAUUCAGAUAUGUGUUACUGAUAUAGAAUCCCUUUAGACAAUGGGAUAUAUAGCAUGUCCACUGCAGGCUGAUGUUGGCAACUUAAUUGGGGAGGACAAGCAAAUGGAAUUUGGUAGGUACAGAAUUAAUGAAAUACUAAUCCCUUUCCUCACCGUCCUGUGUGUCCUCUUACUAUCACUUGUAAGUCUGCACACCUCUUUCAAAGGAUUCACAUCUGGCCCACUUUAAAUGAAAUGUACCAAUCCAUCUAUUUAUCAAAUAAGGGAAAUUACAGGCAACAUCAUAAAAACAUAAUGUGAAAAUUGCUCACACUCAAUACUUUUUGGUGGGGAAUCAUAGAUUUUUUUCAACACAUCCAUGGAAUGCUAUUUUUGGUGUGAAUUUGGUAUUACAAUGUAUGUUUUCGGUCCCAAAGAAAUGUGAAACUAACACUAACGAGAUUUUCCAAAAGACAGAGUCAGUUUUCCCCCCCCCCUGGGCUUUGCGACUUUAAAAAGGUAUCAACAACAUUUAAUUCACUCAAUAUUACUGGCCUGUAUAAAAAAUGGAAAAGGUAGCCUACAUUAUAAAAUAAUAAUAAUCCACCCUAAUUCAUAAAUUCUGUUUGGGCUUUUAAGUAAUAUUAUCAGACAACACUACCAAGACAUGAAAAACUGCUCAGAGUUAACUCUGAGCAGUUCGAAACCUGUAUUUUUAUGUUUUGUGGUGGCAGCUAGCAAAUGCUUGUAUUGUGAUAAAGUGCCAUGUGUUUGGAACACUAAAAAAAAUGUACCUUGUUUUUUUGGCUUUAUACUUCAAAAGUUUGAAAUUAAACAAUUACUUUUAGGUUGAAGCAUAGCUUUUCAGCGUUUAUUAGAGGACAUGUGUUAAGGUAUGGCAACACUUUUCAUGCACAUGUAAUCAUUGCAUGCUAGCAAUAUUGGACCAAAUACUAAACAAGUGCUUAUUACUAAAUGAUUGCUUAAUGACGUUCCCUCAAAGGAAAUGACAAAAAUUAUUUAAUUAAUUAAUUAAUUAUUUUUGACAUUAUAGUAGUUCAAUCAAUGUAAUCUGUGAUUAAAGAUGAGGCAGUAUCUUAAUCUCAUAGUUAUUGUUUGAUUUUCAAUCCAUUCUGUAGCUAUAUAGCCCAAAUAAAGUUCAACAUACUUUUUCAGGAUGAAUGCAGGAAAUUGUUAUUCUUACAAUAGCAAAAAUAGACAAAAUAGACCCAACUUUGGUUCUUUAAAAGCGUGUUAGAAAAUAUUGGGUUCAGUAGCUUGGAAAAAAGUCAACUGUCUGGCUAACUUGUUCUUUUUCCGGCAAUAGGACUUUUCCUCAUGUUGAAUGUGCUUUGUUUUGUUGCCUUGCCGCAAUACUUGUAGUAUCAUAAUACUGGCAUAGUCCUGGUCCUAAUGUUUUUCCCAGUGUUAUUAAAAUAAAGUGAUAUCAUUUCUAAUCAGUGUUGACAAUUUUGUUAUUUUGAAAUUAUUUUUAUUUCAAUAGGAAAGUUAUUAUUAACAGUGCUGGGCUGUACACAAAUGCACAUAAUAAAACUCCUUUUUAUGUAUGAUUAAAGUUAAAUGCGCAAUAGAAAUAUGUAGAUAUGUCUGUAGCAGCACUCGAAAACCUCUCCAAACGCAUCAUCAUACAUCACAAGCAGACGUAUUGUUCUCCUCACCAAACCUCCAGCAGUGCUCUAAAUUGAUUCAGUGACACUAGGCAUUCAAGCCUCAAGUCAAUUUUAUGUCUUUUCCAAUUCUGUAGGACAAAGGUGAUGUUGGAUUUACUUAGUUCAGAGGCUACCCUUGGUGUGUCAAAUGCUUACCAAUCCUGUGUUUUCAAGCAAUAAGGAUAAUUGUUUUACCUUUUAAUAAGUGAUGAGAGAUUCUGGAUGUUUCUGCUAGAGUGCCUUGUAAAUAAAGGAGUGCUUUAGUCUAGUGUUCCAAUUAGAUUUCUUAUUGUUAUCAAGAAAUGUUACCAUUUGUAACCAUUGUCAUAAAAUAAAAUGUUACCAUUUGUAACCAUUGUCAUAAAAUAAAAUGUUACCAUUUUAACCAUAAUGUUAUGAAAUAUAGUGGUACCAUUCCCAUGUUGAACAUGGUGUCAUUGGUCUCUGGCCUACUUUUCAAGGACUGUUAUAGAAAAUGGACUCAGAAAAAAGGGCUUGAUGACUCUCUAAACUUUCCCAACAGUCAUAAGCCAGUCUUUUCUAAAAAAAAUCUUGUCCAAGAUCGAUUAAACAAAACAUGCAAGCACUGCUUUGUUAUGUUUUAACUAAAAUGUGUUCAAGUUAAUAGACAUGAAAUUGACUGUGACAGGUUAGUUUGCAUUCCACCUUGUUCUUAGAAAAAAGUGAAGAAACACGCAUAUAUGGUGUGAGUCACAUCUGACUGAGAUAUCCUUGUGUUCAGCGUUGGAUACCCAAGCCUUUGGUUAGAUCCUAGAAAGAAGGUAUACGUUGACAUUUAAUAAACAUUACAUUUAGAAAUGUGUAAAUAUUGAUUUAAAAACAUUUAUUGUAAUCUUUUGUAAACUUACAUAUUCCAUUGUCAUCUAUGUACAUGUGUAAGACAUUUAAAAUCAGCUUUAAUACUCAUAAUAAAAUAUUCAACCAAC